UUACCCAAAAAUAAAAAGAGAAAAGGUGCAUACCAAAUGCCCAAGCGUGUGUGCCGUAGAAAUCAGGCUUUGGUUUUGGGUUUACAAUUUACAAAAUUCUAUUCUCGUGGCAGCUCAGCUUGCACCAUCCAUAAUCAUUUUCAUUAUCAUCAUCGGCUACUAUUUCAGAGCGAACCCUUCAUUCAUCAGUGAUGGACACAACAACAACGACUAACUGGAGGGAUCAACUGCAGCCUGAAACCCGCCAAAUCAUUCUCAACAAUAUAAUGGGCAAGUUAAAGUUCUGUCAUCUUCCUGGGGAUGUUGAUGAAGACCUUGAACUUCAAAAAAUUGCUCAUAGUAUUGAGCAGAAAAGUUAUGGUGGUGCUACAACCCCGGCUGAUUAUUUUGAGAAAAUAGCUUCCAAGAUUCUUUUGUUGGAGAAAGCAAGAGAAAGAGAAUGGAGAUAUCAGCUUCGCCCUGAUUGCCGACAAAGAAUUGUCAACAAAAUAACGGAAACAUUAAGAAGACAUCUUCCUGUUAGUGGCCCGGAGGGAUCACAAGAACUUUGGAGGAUUGCCCGAAGGUUUGAGGAGAAGAUUUUUAUAGCUGCAACCAGCCAGAGUGAUUACCUUAGAAAAAUAUCUUUAAAGAUGCUUACAAUGGAGACUACAUCCCAGGGACGCCAUGGACAACUAUCAAAUCAGCUUGGCCUUAACAAUGAACCUGCCAAUCCAGUUGAUACAAACCCGAGGCAGCAUGGGAGCAGAAACAGGAGAAUGCCAGCAUGGACCGAUGACUAUCACAUGGGCUAGCAGUUGAAGUGAUUGUCAGUUAUAACGGUUAAAGUAGUUUUAUCUUGUGACUGGUUCAACUGUUUUGCACACCUGUUAGAUUGGUAUUUUGUCAAGGGCCACCAAGUGUUGUGUGUUUAGAAAUCCAGCUCUAGACACCAAUGCUAAUACUAUCCUUGCUCUCUUAUCUUCCAAUUAAAAUUCAUCCUCUUGAUUGAAUAUUAUUUGACUUGAUUCUUAUGCAAACUAUUGUCUAAAUAGUUGUUCCUUUACUAAGUGUUUCUGAUUUUCGAUUGUGAAUAGGGUUUGGGAUGCAGCAGUGGCUCUUAUUCACAAACAGCUCCAAUGCGAUGGAAUGUUCGUAAUGGACCAUGUGCAUGUUUCAGACUUUGAUGUACAUAUAUCAGUAGUUCAGUACUCUUUUAACAUGUUAUGUGGGUUUUCAUUUUCUUUUUUCUCCCUUUACAUACAUACAAAAUAUAUCAACAGUCAACAC